AUGAAUGCUGUUGUGAACUUAUUUGACUCAAGAGGAAUGUCACCACUGAUGAUUGCUGCUUCAAAUGAUAACGCGGAUAUGGUCAAAGUAUUGUUGAGUCACCACGCAGAUAAGAACGUUGUGAACAAAGAUGGAAAAACAGCUAGAGAUUACGCUCUAGCAAGUGAUGCAAAAUCUGUUUUGGCUCUCCUCUAA